GACCAAUCCUGUCCAGUAAAAGUGCAUGGCUAUAGAGUUAUUCGGUAACGAAAAUUGUACAAGAUGUCAGACAGUACAGAAAGCUCAGCCCGUUUUUACAGAAUAAUUUCACUCGUGGUUGAUGUAGGAACUCAGACUUUGCUGGAUAUUUUCUACUCCAAGGUUCCAAAAGAAAAUUUAUUAGUUCUUUUUGGAACUCCGAAAGUUAAAGCAGAAUUUAUUAAACUGAAAGGAAAGAAUGCACUUACGAAAGUGCAGUAUGUCAAGGUUACUGCAGCUAAUCCUGACCCAGACACAUAUGAUAUCUCAUUGUUAACUACACUGCUUACCUGUCAGACAAUUUGUGGAAUACCGCUGGCAAAGAAAUUCCCUCCAGAUCCUUCUGAUCUGUCUGUAGGGGCUGACCUACAUCGCCUUCGUGAACUUAGAAAUGAAAUUAUAGGGCAUCGUAAUAAUGCGCAGUUGGAAGUCACAGAAUUUAAAAAAUUCUGGGCCGAUGUUGAAACCGUCCUCAUUAGGUUAGCAAAACAUGUUGGCACAGCAGAAGAAACGAAGAUCAGGCAGAUGAUCAGAAAAACUGAGACUGGGCCAAUCGAGCCACUACAUGACAGAGAGAAGAAGUUGUUGCAGGUAUUCCUUCAAUGGCAAAAGGAGGAUAUUGAAAAAUAUCAGACACAGAUGGCAGAGGUGCUGAAUUCUCUAGAAAACCUUAACAUAAAGGUUGACAAUAUUAAAAAACCGACAGAUGAGACAGAUGCUGCCCGCUCUGACUCGGAAGAUACACUUUCUUCACUGCAGUCUCAAGUUGUCAGCCUUGUGGAGAGUUUUGGAAGCAUUGCAAAACAAGAUGAUGUUAAUCAGAUUCAAGCUAACUUGAAAAAUAUGGGUGACACUGUUCAGACCAUCGUUCAGACUAUGAAAACACUACAACAACAACUUGACGCAAAUAAUCGCAAUAUGGAGGCGUUGACACAGAAAACUCAGAUUGCUGCACCAUUUAUGUUCGAGAGAGAUGGUCAGCAUGUUAGUCAUCCAAUGGGCAACAAACCUAAAAAACCAAAGAUCCAAAGUCCUAAUGCUAUGUCAGAAAAGGAGAUUCUUGAUUUAAGUAGACAGAUAGGAUAUGAGUGGGAACAGCUUAGAAUACAUCUAGACUUCACUGAAGCACAGGGUCAUGCCUUGAAGAGGGCAUAUGAUGAUGAUGUUCAGCAGAGGAUCCAUCAAAUGCUGAAGUCCUGGCACGAUGUUGUGGUUGAAUGUGGUGAGAAUCCGAAGAUGCUUCUUGCAGCGGCAUUUGUCAAUGCUUCUACAAACUAUGCAAUGGCAUACAAAUUGGUUCCUAGGAAUCAGUUUAAUGAAAAUGCACAAGCCAAACCAGCAACAGUAGAGCGCAUUCAAGAAAUAUCAUUCAGUAAAAGAGGUUAUGAUCAAGGAGAUGGCUUUUAUUAUCAUCCGGGUAGGGGUCCUCCAAUGCCACAUGGUGGACCUGGGUCUAUUAAUAUGUAUGGUGGGGAAUUAAGAGUUGAAGGAACCAUGGCGAUACACAGUUCACAAUCUAACCAAUCAUACAACAUGAGCUCUGUAGCUUCAGAUGGGCUUGAUGGCAGUGGUGGUAGUAGUACAAUGAGUAUGCCUCCUUCAGGAUCAUUUAAUGUGUAUGGUGGAAAAGUGGCAAUGGGUGCUGGAUCAAAUGUCGUCAUUGGUCCACCUCGACAGAGCUAUCCUGCACAGAAUUUUAACGCACCAGUAAUUAGAGGUGAAACACAAGCUGUUCAAGACUCUGGAGCACCGUCCUUGGAAUCCUUGAAGUCUACUGGGCAGCCAUUCAAAAAAGAACAUGAUGACACAUUGAGCCAAACCAUGGUUUUAGCUUUACAUGAACAGAUGAAGUCUGUGGGUGUCCUGAUUUCUAAUGGAAAUUUGGUUGGAACAGUUUUUCGUGUUGGCAGUAAAUACGUAAUGACAGCUUUGCAUGUCAUAAACAACGUAAUAGAUCCCACCAAGACAGGUGUUUCGGAUGUUGCACUAUUAGACAGUACAGACACAUACAUAAAUUUCAAUGAGUCGCCUUUAACACCUCCAAUGGUGCCUUAUAGGUUGAAGAGAGAUUUCAUCUACAAUGUAGAUUUAGACGUAGCCGUGUUGGAAGUAACGAACCCGUCGAAUUUACCGAUGAAACUGAAUUUAUGCAAGGCCGAAAGUGGGGUAACCAACGUUUCUUUAAUAGGAUAUGGUCAUCCAGGUCAGAUAAAAAAAUGUUUAGAUCCAAAGUGCGAGAUUGUUCAUCCAAAUUCACAUAGAAUUCUGUCAGCUCAGGCUUGGUUACAGCAAAACAUAAAUUAUUUCAAAUCGGCGUUACAUGGGAUAGGUCGAAAUUCAGCUCUGGUUGACAAAGGCUACCAAGGCUAUGACCAAUCUUCAAAGUUAAUAUUUGACUGCUAUAUGGAGCAUGGGGCAUCGGGAGCUCCAGCAUUGACAAAUGAUAAUGAAAGGUCUGUUCAAGUUGUUGGGAUCUUAACACAUGGUCUGCCAGAUUUCUACUUCAGUCUGCCAGAAUUGAUGAAACCUCAGUUUCCAAGGAAUUACCGCCUUGAAGUAGGUGCAAAAAUGAAGGAAAUUUUUAACUGGAUAAACUCACAAUCUCGGGAAAUUGCAAAAGAUCUAUUUGGUGAAGGUGUGUAUUGUAUGUAAAUCACUUCAUUUUAA